AUGGCUAACGUACCAAAUGCGCCAUACCGACAACCGCUCCCGCUGCCUCCGACCACCUACCCCCCGCCGUCGGCGACCUUCCCCGGAAUGGCGUACCCACAGAUGGGUGCCCCGCCGGCCGCGCCGGCUGGAUACACCGUUUUAAACGGCCUCUUGACUCCGCCGGCGAGCCCGGCGGGCGGAAUCAGAGUCUACGAUGCGUUGCAUAUCGGCGUCAUAAAAGUCAACCUCGCGCGGUCUUUGUCCCGCCAACUUGAACGAUUUGCCAACAUGCUGAGCCAUCCGGCGGUGUCACCUCCAGUUCCGAGUAUGGUCGUUGACGUGCUGGAGUGGGGGUUACUGCAUGUAACGGUCGUGGGUGCGCACGGUGGCCGCGCAUUCGUGACCGUUCAUGAUGUGCUCUCUCAGGUGGCGGGGGCUCUGCAAGAGCCAGCAGAUGAGGCGUAUGUAGGGCGCUUUAGCCCAGAUGCCCGCCGUUACGCGCGAAGCAACCCCCAGCUGCGGCGUGUCGACAUGCUCGGCCCAUGCACCAUGACGGGAGGUCUGGAAAUUGGCUUCGACAGUAAAGGCAGCGUGCGCUACCUUCUCCGUCUCACGCAGUAA